CAACAAGAUCAAACAAGCCCGGUGCGCGCAGGCAGCAAGCAUAGUUGCUCGUCGUCGAUCGCCCCAUUCCCGACACUCCCUCGCGGUCGCCUCAAGACUCACGACAUCAAAAUGGCCACGGUAUCAGCUCUCCCCAAAGAUCUCUCCAAGCUCAACGGCGAAGUUAAGCUCUUCGGCAAGUGGGAGACCCAGGACGUUGAGGUGAAGGACAUCUCCCUCACGGACUACAUCCAGAUCCGCCAUGCCGUCUACCUCCCCCACACCGCCGGCCGUUACGCCAAGAAGCAGUUCAAGAAGGCCCAGAUGCCCAUCGUCGAGCGUCUUGUCGACAGCCUGAUGAUGAAGGGCCGCAACAACGGCAAGAAGCUCCUCGCCGUCCGGAUUGUCGCACACGCAUUCGAGAUCAUCCACCUCCUCACGGACCAGAACCCCAUCCAGGUCCUUGUCGACGCCAUCGUGAACACUGGUCCCCGUGAGGACUCGACGCGUAUCGGUUCGCAGGGUACCGUCCGGCGCCAGGCCGUCGAUGUGUCCCCCUUGCGCCGGGUGAACCAGGCGGUCUCUCUCUUGACCACAGGCACGCGCGAGUCUGCGUUCCGUAACGUGAAGUCGGUCGCGGAGUGCUUGGCGGAUGAGCUCAUCAACGCGGCGAAGGGCUCAUCGAACUCAUAUGCUAUCAAGAAAAAGGACGAGCUCGAGCGUGUCGCAAAGUCUAACCGGUAAGGCGGAUCGGGGAGACGCCGUGGCUGGCUAUGGGUCUACUGCAUGUUUUUUCACUAUUGCUAUCACUAUCAUGACGCUCCAUGUCGCCCAUAUGAAUGCUUAUGGCGGUGCUCUCGACUUAAGAAGGCCAGGCGCUGCUGCUUGGGUUUUUAUGGUCCCUGCUCAAAGAGGCGAUAAGUAUGGAGACCCCGGGCCUGCAACCCCGUACUUAGCCGGGCACAGUAGCUCGUAUGUGGGUGAUCGGUGUAUAGGUGAUCGCACCUCUAUUUAGGCGUGAGACGCGCGUAAUCACCUCACGAGAGUCUUACGUUGCUGCACCCUCCUAUUUAAUCUGUCAUUG